AUGGUUGACUGGAUCACGAACGAAGCUCCGAAGUGGAUUGUUGUCGGGACUUGGCUAAUAUUAAAUACCAUUAUCUUUGCUGUGACAUUUGUUAGCUACAGGGAUGCUGAUGAAUAUUACUAUCUGCGUGUCCUUGUUGGGGAUUCUCUGUGUUGGGCCCGAGCAAGUGCAGCAUGCCUGAAUUUUAAUGUCAUGUUAAUUCUGUUUCCUGUCUGCCGCAAGCUGAUCAGUUUCAUUAGAGGCUCUUGUGGGUGUUGUCCUCGAGUCUUGCGCCGUCAGCUGGACAAGAACAUAACAUACCAUAGAUAUUUUGCAUAUAUGAUCUGCUUUCAAACAGCCAUCCAUGUGGGAGCCCAUUGCUUUAACUUUGAGCGUUUGGCAGCAGCAAAGAGGGUCACAGAGGAGAAUUUAGUGAACUACCUCAGUCGCCUCCCACUUACACCAAAUGGAACAUGGAUCAACCCAAUCCGAGUGGCAGAUCCAGAUCCCACAAGAGAGGUGGUAAAAACAGUAGCUGGAAUUACUGGAAUCAUAAUUACAUUGUGCCUCGUCCUGAUGGUUUCCUCGUCCACAGAGAUCAUUAAACGAUCAUAUUAUGAGGUUUUCUGGUUCACACAUCAUAUCUUCAUAAUUUUCUUCAUUGGUUUUGUUAUUCAUGGCGCACAAAUGAUUAUACACCAUCAGAGCAACCUGUCUGCCCACCCUCUGCCUAAAUGUGCUGAAAACCCUAAAGGUUGGGGAAGCUCUGAGUGUGCUAUUCCAGAGUUUGAAGGCUCCAUGCCUAGGAGUUGGAUAUGGCUGCUGGUUCCUGCAAUAAUUUAUUGUAUUGAAAGAAUUGCAAGACUUGUCAGUGGCUUGCAAAAAGUUGUUAUUUUAAAAGUUGUUAGUCAUCCCUCUGGAGUAUUUGAACUUCAGAUGCAGAAGAAGGGCUUUCAUGCUGCCCCAGGACAGUAUAUACUCAUCCAAUGCCCCAAGGUGUCAUACCUGGAGUGGCAUCCAUUUACUCUGACCUCGGCACCAAAUGAUGAUUACUUCUCUGUACACAUUCGUCGAGAAGGAGAUUGGACUAAUGCUGUAGCUGAACUCUGCCAUGUUGACGAGGGAGAAUUUCAAGAGACGUGGAAAAUGCCAAAACUAUAUGUUGAUGGACCAUUUGGAACAGCUACAGAGGAUGUCUUUGCUUAUGAUGUGUCUGUAUUGAUUGGUUGUGGUAUUGGUAUCACUCCAUUCGCAUCUGUGCUUAAAUCAGUCUGGUAUAAAUUCUGCCAUCCAAAAGAAACCGUCCCACUGCAGAGAGUGUAUUUGUACUGGGUGUGUCCUGAUACCCACUCCUUUGAAUGGUUGCAAGGUCUCCUUCUCGACCUGGAGCGACAGAUGAGGCAAAGGGGCACAGUUGACUUUUUAAAAUUUCACAUAUAUUUGACCAGGGGAUGGAAUGCAAACCAGGCCAGGAAUAUAACACUUCACGAUGAAGGAUCAGAAUAUGAUGUGGUCACAGGAUUACAUCACAAAACUUACUUUGGGAGACCUCAGUGGGAAGUUGUAUUCAAACAGUUAGCAGAAACCCACAAAGGGCAGUCAACUGGAGUGUUUUUCUGCGGACCAAAGCCCCUGUCUACGACUCUGCACAAACUCUGCAAUAGGUUGUCCAAUUUUGCAGAUAAAACCAAGUUUUACUAUAACAAGGAGAGCUUCUAG